AUGGUGGAGUUCGCGAGGGAGGCUUUCGAGGGGGAUGAAAUUGACAUGGACUACGAAUUCGAUGCGCCCAAGUUCUACGACUUCACUAGGCCGGAAUCCGAUUGGGAGGCCGAGGAGGCGGAGGAAUGGUUCCGGUCAGCCGGAGGCUAUCAGCCCUCGCCUUUCCUUGAAAAAUUGUUGAAUUGGCAAAACGAGAAUCAUCCGGUACCUAUAAAAACAUCCGUGGAAUCGAAAGAUGUUGAAAUUACUAGAUGCAGUAACUCGAAUAAAACAUCCGCGGAAGUCUCUGCGUCUGUAGAUGAUAAUGACAAAGAGUUUUCUAAUCACAUGGCUCAAGACACUCCGAAAACCAAACUGAAGUCCCCGGGUAAGUCACCACAUCUAUCAAGGAGUUCAACGUUAAUGAAACCCACGGCGAGUCAGUUGGCAAAGCAAAACCACCAACGAGAGGUUCACUCCAAUCGAGUUGCGAAAAAGCUCGGGAAACUUUAUGAGAAAUCACAGAAUUCUCCGCCACCUACGAAAAGGCAGAAGUUGGAGGCUGGCUAUGUACGCAAGGUUGCUGAACAACUCAAGCAUCAACCUCUCUGGUUACAUAAGGCGGCAAAAAAGGUCGGAGCUGAUGCUGCUAGACCUAAAGUUACAGUGCCGAAAGAACCAAACCUGGAAACAGCAAAUCGAGCACAAAGACGUAGGUACAAGUUUAAUGCCAAACCAGGAGAACAAUCUAAAAUUCACAGGGAUCCUCCAUGGCCUAGCCCGAAAAAGAGCACAAUACCAGCAGCAGAGUUUCAGAUGUUUCGCCUUCGAACAUCAACGCGAGCUACGCAACAGACAUUUAAUCACCAUGUAACAAAUGGACCUGAUUCUAGUAAUUUAUCAGAAAAUGAAACAACAGAAAUCAAAGGGCCAAACUCCGUGCAUGCCUUAAAGCAAGAGAAAAGUGAAAUGAUAUAUAAGUGCGUAGCAUGCUCUCUUAAAAAUAAGGAAUUGAAGUUUGCAAUCGAAAAGAGAUGCCUAAAGGAGCCACCAACAGAUUUAUUUAGUAAGCUCUCCCUUUCAUCCGACGCACAGCAUAAUACAAAACCUCAGUCAAAAAGUGCCUUUGCCUGCUAA